ACAUUUGCCUACGAGUCCAUACCAUUUUACAGCUAAUGACCGUAUUUGGAUCACGCACGCCUGCUAAUAAUUAAGACCCGUAACAUGGGUGUUGUCGAUCUAGUGGUAUUACGCAUCUGUGGUCGACGCCAAAAGUUUUGCCGGCGGCGUUCUUGCGUAAAUGGUGAAAGUGAUCAUCGCCUCGAAAGAUGCCGGCGGCCGAUGCCACGUUCGAAUUAUUUUUCCUUCGGUGCGUUGUGUGAAUUCCGCUGGCCACGAAGACUUCCGUUUUUUUUUAAAAUUCCUGCGAUCGACCCCGAAAAUCGUCGGUAAUUGUCACGACCUGUAAUGAGAGGUACCCAAUUAGUUUUGCAACUUACCCAUGCAGUCCACAAACAGGAUCACAAACACAAGCAUCGCAGUUACAGCCUUUUCUGGUACCCAGUCAUGCCGGCCAGCCAUAGUUUGAAGACCUGGAGUCAAACUGUCAACCGACGAUAAAGCGCAACCAAGGUCGUUCGUUCUGGACUGUGCAGCAGAUGAAGCCACCCCGUCCUAGGAUGUCCCCAUUAACGGGACGUCAGCGGACCGCGGACGUGGCAUGAAGUCAGCUGAUGUAUCACAAAGGGAUCGAAAACACUGAUGAAGAACAAUUGCACAGCGCACAUGGCGCCGUUCAGUUCGGCGGUCGCAGGCGUCGGCGCUGACGCCUCAGUCAAGUAGUCAGGCGGGGUCGUGUCCUGGGACGUCGAUCUGGCGGCAUGGUGGCCUACGGAUGAUGUGGCCGCUGCGCUCGUGGAGCGGUACACGUCUCGGCGGCCCGACACCGGCGCCAUUGCUGCGGCGAGCAGUGCUCUGCGAUUAUCCCUCUUGGUCGGAAGCCGUGUCCUGUCUCCUCGCGGCAUGCAUACUGUCUGCGCGCAAGAGGCCGGCCGUGACGCUGGGCGCCGGCGACGAAGACAGCGAGGAGGACAUCCCGCUGGCCGUGCGCAAGAAGGCCAUCAAGGCCAAGCGGAAGGCCGACUCGGACGACGAGUACGAGCGCAAGCCGCCCAAGAAGGUGAAAAAGGAGAUGAAGAAGGUAAAGCCAGAGACGCUCAGCCCCACUAAGAAGAAGAAGGCUGAGGAGGAGCAGCAAGUCUGGAAAUGGUGGGAGGAGGAGAAAAAGGACGACGGCGUGAAGUGGCGCUUCCUGGAGCACAAGGGCCCCCUGCUGGCGCCAGAGUACGAGCCGCUGCCGCACCACGUCAAGUUCUUCUACAACGGCCAUGAGAUGAAACUGUCGCCCCUGGCGGAGGAGGUGGCCACCUUCUACGCCCGCAUGCUCGACCACGACUAUACCACCAAGGAGGUGUUCAACACCAACUUCUUCCGCGACUGGCGCAAAUGCAUGACAGAGAAGGAGAAGGAGAAAAUCACAGCGCUGAAGAAGUGCGACUUCACCAAGAUGGCGGCGUAUUUCAAGGAGAAGACGGAGGAGAAGAAGGCCAUGAGCAAGGAGGAGAAGAAGAAGCUCAAGGAGGCGAACGAAGCCAUCACCAAGGAGUACGGCUUCUGUACUCUGGACGGGCACACGGAGAAGAUAGGCAACUUCCGUGUGGAGCCGCCCGGUCUCUUUCGGGGCCGGGGUGAACACCCCAAACAGGGCAUGGUGAAGCGGCGCAUCACCUCCGAGGACAUCAUCAUCAACUGCAGCAAGGAGUCCGAGGUGCCCAAGCCGCCUGCCGGUCACAAGUGGAAGGAGGUGCGCCACGACAACACUGUCACGUGGCUGGCGUCCUGGACGGAGAACAUCCAGGGCCAGAUCAAGUACGUGAUGCUGAACGCGGCGUCGCGCCUGAAGGGCGAGAAGGACUGGCAGAAGUACGAGACGGCGCGCCGGCUCAACAAGUGCGUCGACGAGAUCCGCGAGUCCUACAAAAACGACUUUAAGAGCAAGGAGAUGCGGAUACGGCAGCGCGCUGUGGCCAUGUACUUCAUCGACAAGCUGGCGCUGCGAGCCGGAAACGAGAAGGACGAGGACCAGGCGGACACGGUGGGCUGCUGCUCGCUGCGCGUCGAGCACAUCAAGCUGGAGGAGGAGCUGAAUGGCAAGCAGUACGUGGUGGUGUUCGACUUCCUCGGCAAGGACUCCAUCCGUUACUACAACGAGAUCUCCGUGGAGAAGCGCGUCUUCAAGAACCUGCAGCUGUUCAUGGAGAACAAGGGGCAGGGGGAUGAUCUCUUCGACCGACUGAGCACGAUGAUCCUGAACAAGCACCUGAACGAGCAGAUGGAGGGCCUGACGGCCAAGGUGUUCCGCACGUACAACGCGUCACGCACGCUGCAGGAGCAGCUGGACUCGCUCACCGAGGCCGACAUGACGGUCAACGAGAAGAUUCUGGCGUAUAACCGCGCCAACCGAGCCGUGGCCAUACUGUGUAACCACCAGCGCGCCGUGCCAAAGACGUUCGAGAAGUCGAUGGAAAACCUCAUGAACAAGAUCGCCGAAAAGAAGGAGACGUUGGCCGAGGCGGAAAAGCAGUACAAGUCGGCGAAGAAGGCCGCCAAGAGCAGCGUCAAGGAGCAGGCCGUCUGCACCCAGAAGCGGAAGGCUGUGGAGCGGAUACGGGAGCAGCUCAACAAGCUGGAGCUCUCGGCCACCGACAAGGAGGAGAACAAGGAGAUCGCGCUGGGCACCUCCAAGCUGAACUACCUCGACCCGCGGAUCUCGGUGGCUUGGUGUAAAAAGUGGGACGUACCCAUCGAGAAGGUCUACAACAAGACGCAGCGCGACAAGUUCCGCUGGGCCAUCGACAUGGCCGGCCCCGAUUUCGUUUUCUGAGCGGCGCCCAGUCGCCGCUGCGGCCUAACACCCGGACACAGGAGCCCUGGCCUAGGACAUGGGGAGGCGACGCCAGCCGCGCGAGACGCCGCCACGCGGUCGACGGCGGCCGUCCGCACGUCUUGUGUGUAUGUGUGUGUGUGCCUGUGCGGCGGCGCCAGCGUCAGGCCCGCCGCGUGAGCGCCAUCUCUGGACGGGCGGCGGAACUGCCCGGCAGGCCGGUCUGGCCGCACAGGGUGCCGAGUUGAGAGACUGAGAGAGCGCGUGCGGCGGCCGAGCGGUGGGCGGGCGACGAGUGACGUGUAGGUACCAGACACAACAUUUUGUGAUACUUGUUUUCGCGGCCGGGGAGUAGGUGAAAGGGGCGAGCCGGGCCCGCCCUGAGCGCAUGUCCGAGAAAUGACUGAGCUGUAUGGCACGUUAGGAACUCACUCUAUUGCACCCGUAUUGGUGUUUUCUGGCUGGGCCCGUGACUGUGGGAAAUGUCUUCCCUGGCCGGGGAUAGGCGCGGCUCGACAGCGGCGCUCCAGUUUUUUAUUGUUUAUUCUCCCAUGGUUUGAAUCCGCCGAUCCUGUUCGCUGUUGUGUUGGGAUUGUGAUCUUGCCAGUUUCAGGAAGCAUAAAUUUGGACAUUAUUUAAAGACCAGCCCGAGCGAACACCGUACCAUUUGCAGAUGAACUCGGUUUCGCGAAGCGAUCCCCAGUAUUGGGCUUUAAUAGGAAAUGACCUGGUCUUUCAAGACCCAAAGCUGUUUGGCUUUGAGAGCCUGGACGGCUGUCGGAGACCGGGCGCCAGUGGACAGCGUUGCCAGCUCUUCGCGGCCGGCGCCGCCUAACCUCAUCAGCAUGCAUCAGAGCAGAUCUGUGUAUACAUCCGUCUCACACCGAUCACUAAUAAACGCCAUCAACGCUGUCCGGUGGUGAAUACAUGCAGGCGGAUGAG